AUGUUCAUGAUGGACGAGAUGUCUCAAGAUGUCGAUCGGUCAUAUAUCGAUAUUGAGAGCGGAGGUGUACACGUUGAUUGUGCGGAGUAUGUACUCUACGAGAUGCGAGAUUCUCUGCGUCUACUUCGCACAGAGGAAGUUCCCCCUCCCUCCUCCACCCACCCCCAGUCUAACGCCGGUGUCCACUCACCUAAAGAGGUUGUCUCCCGAAAAACAGUUGGUAUGCGGAAAGAUAGAAAUGGACGUGGAUGUGGUCCGUGGAAGAGCGAAGAGCAGAGAUGCCGGUCAAUAGAAGAUGUUGAUAAUGAACAUGGUCUUGGCAAUCACGAAAAUCGUACCAUGAUACGGCGAUAUCUAAAAACUGUGACGUCUUUAGAAGUUUCGAGUGCUUGA